AUGUCUACGGACUACAUACAGCCAGCAUCAGAACCCAUCGCCAUCGUGGGUAGCAGUUGUCGUUUACCCGGCAAUGCGUCUUCCCCAUCGAGGCUAUGGAGCCUUAUACAAAACCCACGAGAAUUGUCUAAAGAGGUGCCUGCCAAUCGCUUCAAUAUUGAUGGAUUUUACAAUCAAGAUCCGGAACAUCAAGGAACAACCAAUACCAGAAAAGCACAUUGGUUGGAGGAAGAUCCUACGGUAUUCGAUGCUAGUUUCUUUAAUAUCACUCCUCUGGAAGCAGAAGCCAUGGAUCCGCAACACCGAAUGCUGUUGGAGGUGACAUAUGAGGCAAUGGAGUCUGCUGGGUUCGAAAUGCAGACGAUGCGAGGGAGCUCAACUUCUGUAUAUGUCGGCACAGUUGGCUCGGACUACGAUAAUAUCGUCAUGCGAGAUCCACUAGUGUUAUCUAGAUACACAGCUACAGGAACACAUCGUUCCAUACUAUCCAACAGACUCUCAUAUUUUUUCGAUUGGAGGGGGCCUUCAAUGACGAUUGAUACGGCAUGCUCGUCGAGUUUGGUUGCUCUUCAUCAAGGCAUCCAAAGCUUGCGUACAAAUGAAAGCCAGAUGGCCUGUAUUGCAGGUGCCAAUCUCAUGUUGAGUCCUGAGUUGUUUCUUACGGAGUCGGCACUUCAUAUGCUUUCGCCCGAGGGAAAAUGUCACAUGUGGGAUGAUAGAGCGGAUGGAUAUGCCCGGGGAGAGGGCAUAGUGGUUGUUUUCCUCAAAAGACUAAGUGACGCCCUAGCAGAUGGCGAUCAUAUAGAGGCUAUCAUUCGUGACUCAGGUGUGAAUCAAGACGGGCGCACCAGAGGAAUCACCAUGCCUAGCUCAGAAGCCCAAUCGGCUUUAAUAGAGAAGGUCUAUCGGCGUUCGGGUCUAGAUCCAACUGCCCCUUGGGGACGCUGCCAGUACUUUGAAGCACACGGUACGGGUACUCAAGUGGGCGAUGCCAGGGAGGCAGAAGCGAUUGAAAAAGCCUUUUUCAGCUCAAGUCAUUUGCAAGACGUCCAAGGAAAAGAAAAUGAUGAUGUGACAAAAUUGUAUGUCGGCUCGAUCAAAAGUGUAUUAGGGCACACAGAAGGUACCUCCGGGUUAGCCAGUCUGCUGAAAGUAUCUCUUGCCCUACAACACGGUGUUAUCCCCCCUAACCAGCAUUUUGCAAAUCUUAGCAAUGAAGUUGCCCCAUUCUAUAGUCACAUGCAGGUACCAACAACUGCGCAGCCAUGGCCGAAGGGACUACCAGGUCAUCCGUUGCGUGCUAGCGUCAAUAGCUUUGGGUUUGGGGGUACCAACGCACAUGUCAUAGUGGAAAGUUUCGAACCAGCAGUUCAUGAUCCACACUACCUACAGAGAUCGAAAGAGAAAAUCGAAAACCCUACACUUCCAUUAUUAUUCUCCGCAAGCUCAGAGCAGGCGUUGAUAGCCACCGUUGCAAAAUUUCAUCAAGCGCUUCGCAAUGACUACGCACUCAAUACACAUCAAUUAGCUUGGACUUUGGCCUGUCGUAGAUCAAUCUUACCCACUAAGUUGGCUUUCUCAGGACCCACGAAAAAGGAUCUGUUUCUUCAAAUGGAUACGGCACUGAAAAGCGUGAUCAAUAACCCAGCGAUCAAGCUAGGCCGCGAAACACCGGCUAUUGCCUCGCCAAAACUACUCGGCAUAUUCACUGGACAAGGAGCUCAAUGGGCUACAAUGGGAAAACAGCUUAUACUGAGAAAUCGGACGUUCCGUGAAUCUAUUGAGAGACUAGACGCACAUCUCCAUGAUCUUCCUGAUGGCCCGGAAUGGUCUCUGAAGGAAGAGCUGCUCAAGCCGCCUUCCGAAUCUCGAAUUAUGGAGGGGCCAAUUUCUCAGCCUCUAUGCAGUGCAGUACAAAUGGCCCUGGUUGACUUGCUCAAUUCUAUUGGAGUGCGUUUUCACACGGUCAUUGGUCAUUCUUCUGGAGAAUUAGCAGCAGCGUACGCUGCAGGGUACAUUCGGCCACGCGAUGCAAUGUUUAUAUCCUACUACCGUGGUCUUUCUACAAAGUAUGCUGGUGGACGAGAUGGAAAGAGAGGAACAAUGUUAGCGGCAGGKAUUGGGUCUGAGGAAGCCUCUGUGUUCAUUAACCAGCCAUUACUAAAAGGCCGAGUUGUAAUCGGUACAAGCAAUUCCCCUGUUAGUGUCACAUUGUCCGGCGAUCUCAGUGCCAUCGAAGAGGCGCGUGACCUGCUCGAGUCCGAAGGCAAAUUUGCUCGGAUCCUCAAAGUUGACAAUGCUUACCAUUCCUUUCACAUGAAUGCUUGUGCCGAGCCUUUUUUAAACUCGAUGGUGAACGCCAAUAUUCAGAUCUUGAAGCCAGAUCGCCCGUGCUCCUGGAUCUCUACAGUCUACACUAGUGAUCCUGCGGCAAACCUUGAAGACCUUGCCGGCUCGUACUGGCGAGAUAAUAUGUUAGGGAGUGUUCUCUUCCGUGAAGCCCUUGAGCGAGCGAUUGAUAGUGGCCCAUUCGAUAUGGCUCUAGAGAUCGGUCCACAUCCGGCACUUAAGGCGUCAGUCUCUCAGACAUUAAAGGAGAAGACGGGUGGCCAAUUUAUCCCCUAUACUGGUGUUUUAGAUCGAAAGAAAGACGAUGUAGUAGCCUUUGGUGAAGCCAUCGCAUACAUGUGGUCACACUUUGGUUCGAAAGCAGUCAACUUUGAUGCUUAUGCAACUUAUUUCUAUUAUGACCAUCGUUCGCGACCUGCUGUCUUAAAAAAUCUCCCUUCAUACUCUUGGGACCAUACACAAACAUAUUGGCGAGAAUCACGCGUUUCAAAACGUUAUUCACAUCGUGAUGUCCCCAAAGAGCUCCUCGGAAGUCGCUCUCCCGAUGAUAACGAUGCAGAGAUGCGCUGGCGCAAUGUCUUCUCAGUGAAGGCCCUUCCAUGGCUUCAACAAAUAAAAAUCCGAGAUCGCAUAACUAUUCCUGCUUCUGUGUAUUGUUCAAUGGCAUUAGAAGCAGCUUUCGCCAUGCCGCAUCGCAGGGACAUACUCAUGGUGGAUCUGAUUGAUGUUCAAAUCUACGACAACAUUGUUAUCGAUACUGACUCUAAUGGCGUUGAGGUUAUAUUCAAUUUCCGGGUGGACAAGUCGAAUGCCAACAAUUUUCCCAAACAAGACAAUAUCAUGGCCUCAUUUAAUAUGAGCUUUGCUGAUGUUUGUGACGAUGGCCAAGUCAAGGCGGCUUUUUCAGGCAACAUGGUUAUUACAUUCGGCAAUAAAAGUGUGCAAAAUCUACCGCCAGUACCUAAUAUCGAGGAUAGUUUACAGGAAGUGGAUAUAGAUCUAUUUUACCGAGAAUUGAAAGAGAUUGGUAUGACUUAUCAGGGUCCGUUCUGCGCGUUAUCCAAAUUGCAAAGACGUCUGGAAAAUGCAUCUGCUCAAGUAACGGACUGCUCCCCGUCGCCGGUGUCUACAUUUAUGGUCAACCCAACAACGAUCGAAGCCGCAAUACAGACAGCAUUGGCGGCAUUUGCAGCUCCGGGAGAUGGAACAUUUUGGAGUCCCUUUCUUGUUAAGAAAUUUGGAAAAUUCUCUUUUGAUUUCCGAUUCUCUAGCGCUGAGUCAAGGUUUUUGCACAGUUUCGCCCAGGUGACGAAUGAAUCAUUCGCCUCGCCCGCAGAUCUCUCAACGCAUACUGCGGACAUUCAAUUGGCUGAUCAGAGUCAUCAAACUGUUAUACAAAUGGAGGGGAUUGUUUUUGAGCCUACGAUGCAAUCCACUGCGAACGAUGAUCGUAUCCUCUACUUCCACCAAGUCUGGGAUGUAGAUAUCACCAAUGGACCAGUUGGCUUUGAUGAACUAGCGAGUACUGAACAACGGAUAUCUCGAGUAGCCCGCCAGUUUAGUCAUCGCGAUCCUAAGAUGAAAAUUCUGGAAAUUGCAACAAAUUCUGCAGCUGUCACGUCAGCCCUGCUUGAUGGCUUCGGUUCCGCAUUCAAUUCCUAUACGCUGGCCGAUAUUGAGGCUUCGUCCGGCAACCUCAUUCAUACAAGCAGGACAUAUGAUGGAAAAGAAAUCUCGAAAUUGAGUCUAGAUGUUGGACAAACAUACGAUGAACAGUGGCCAGAGGUUGAUGCUUAUGAUAUUGUGGUGAUCCAACCUCCCCUCUAUCUGCCACAAGAUUACAAUAUGAUAAUAUCCAAUGUUCUAUUCAAACUUCUAAGACGUCCGGGCUAUAUUAUUUGUGUUCAGAAACGCUACGAAAGUUCUCCGUCGAUAAAUGAUAGGAUACAGAGUGACGAAUGGAAGAACCAACUCCUAAACACUGGCUUUAUCGAGUUAGGAUUUCCAAAUGCCAACGUUGUGGGCGACAAGUCGGAAAUAUCCAUUUGGCAGAUCGACAAUUCUAGCAUGGGUUACUCUUACAAUGUGCUAAAAUCGGAUCUUGCAACAAAUAUCUAUGGAUCACUGCUCCUCAUUGGCGGCCAGCAACAGCAAAUAUCACUUAUAGCCGACAAGGUUAGUGCACUGCUUCGCAAAUUGAACAUCAAUGUCGUCAACCUCAAGAGUCUGGAGGAUUUUGACCCCUCCGAAUGCUCUGAUAUAGUUGGCACACUUUUCCUACAAGAUCUUGAGGAGCCUCUCAUGAGCACGAACGAAACGCAGCGAAUGCUACUGCUGAAAAAUGUCUUGAGCAACAGUCCGGUUACUAUGUGGCUCACACAAGCAUUUGUUAGAUCAGACGCCUAUCAUUCAGCGUCGUUAGGUCUGGGUCGUGAUAUGAUGGCCAUGCAUCCAAACUUGCGCAUUCAAUUCUUCGAGUUGGACACAUUGGAAAUGGUAGAAACACUCAUCGCCGAAGCCUUUCUGCGUUUCGUUAUUUCAGGAGUCGACAAGGAACAGGUGUUCCCUUCAGCAUUUGAAACACACAUUCGGCUCGAGAAGGAGAGAAUCUUAAUUCCAAGAUUGAUCCCCCACAGUGAGCUCAAUGAUAGAUUGAAUUCCACCCGAAGGACCAUCAUUAAAUAUGCAGACAUAACUACAGACGAGAUCGAGUUUUUGGUUCGAAAGGAUAUCGAUGUGAAUGGUCAUGGUUACAUUGCAAAAUUGGUCAAACCCCAUCCACGGAUGGACAGUGACAUCAAAAACCAUCUUAUUGUCAAAGCCAAUUACAGCACCAAAUACGCCUUUCGCAUCAACGGCAUGUUCGCUCAUAUUUGCAUUGGUACGAGCAAUCGACCAGGGAAGACUGUUAUCACAGUGGCCCAGUCAAUUGCAUCUCAUCAAAGGGUUACUGACAUGCUAGUUCUCGACGUUAAUCUAGGAAAUCUCUCCGAAGUUGCUUUUCUGUCGAUUAUAGGAGGUUUCCUUUUCGCCCAGAAUGUGAUACAGCAGAUAGCGGACUCAGAGACGGCCGUGCUAUAUGACCCAGAGGAGAACGUGGGCUCAUUAAUCCACCAGUUAUUAGGAGACUCGAAUCAGCGUCUCGUAUACCUUACUGAUGGUUCAUCGGGGAAACGAAAUGGUGUUGACUGGGUUCAUGUCCACCCGAAAAGAUUCAUCAGUGCGUUCCGGCUUCUAGUCCCCCGAGACGCCGGUCUAUUUGUCGACCUUUCCUCCCGGUCAGACUUAGAGAAUAAACUGUUGAAAUAUUUACCGAGAAACUGCCGCUUUUUCCGGAAAGAAUCAAUUCUCUCAACUACUGCCUCCGUGCAUACAACGGAAGAUUGGAGAUCUAUUCGGAAAGCCCUAUUCGCAGCAGUCAAUUAUAUAGACAGCUCUACUUCAUUCAUAGCGCAGUCAAGCACGUCCUCGAUUGUUGAUAUAUCUGAUCUGCAAAAUGAAAGGGUUCAUAAAAGCAUGAACCCCCUUGAAAUGGUGAAUUGGACGCACGCUCAGCCCAUCCCUAUCAAGCAGACACCAAUUGACCCUGAGGAUCUUUUAUCCCCGUCAGAGACCUAUCUCAUGAUUUCACUUCCCAAUGAUCUCAGCGAAGCUCUUUGCCGGUGGUUGAUAAGAUACGGUGCGCGAAGCUUAAUCUUCUUGACGAUGGAUUCUAAAGUGUCCUCCCUGGAAGAUUCUUACUGGAUACGGCAACUCAGUAGAGCGGGUACAUCGAUUGAGGUAGUUCCAGCAGACAUUUCCAGGAAACAUGAGCUAGUUAACAGUCUGUAUGCAACAACACAUGGAAAAAGGCCGACUAUAGGUGGUGUGUUCUUGGGACCGGCAAAUACGGAACAAGGUAGUCUUGAGGAUACCUUAGCAGCAUUGAAUUCGCACGCUGCUGCACUUGAGAAUUUGGAUGAAGUAUUUUCCGCUCCUUAUGAUGGCUUUUUCGUGGCAUUCUCCACACUAUCUAGGAUAACGGGUGCGCCGGAUGGAACUACUAAUUCCGCAGCCUCAAACAUGUACACGGCCGCUCUUUGUGCAAGACGUAGAGCAAGAGGUUUGGGAGCUUCCUUGCUUGAUCUGACCUCCUGGUAUGGGAGUCGAUCGGAUGUUGGAGGUUCCAGUCAUCCUGGGUUAUAUGAGUUAACGGAAAGGAUAUCUGAGAGGGACCUUCACCAGGCGUUCGGCGAAGCUGUAGCUGCGGGGAAGCUAGCCUCGUCCUCCAUCUCAGAAAUUACAUUGGGUUUACAUCCGGUUCCAAGGUCUUCAAGCAACCCUCUACCAGCGUUAUUUACGCAUCUUCUUGAAGAACCUCAAGAUGCUACGUCUGAAAUAAAUGAGCUUGAGGCGUCCCUUCCACAGCGUAUUUUGUCGGCUGGUACAGAUACGGACGAAGCAUUGCAAAUACUCUAUCAAGCGUUCUCUCUGUAUCUGGCCACUGCUCUCCAGCUACCGGCCGAGGGAAUAAACAUUAACACGGUCAUUAUUGAUCUCGGCGUUGAUUCACUAGUUGCUAUGGAAAUUCGUUCUUGGUUUCAAAACGAAAUUUAUUUCGACGUCACUGUCUUGCAGAUUCUGUCUGGAGCUAGUAUUCACGAAUUGUGCCAAGCUGUUCUGAUAGACAUAAAGAGUGGCGAACAAUAUGCUGAUCCUGAAGAAACGGCCCUAAAAUCCACUUCUAGUGCUCCAUUAAGCGAAAAUUCCAGCAAGCCUAUCAUGACACCUGAUACUGGGAUGUCCAUGAUUAUGGGUAGCAAAUUGCCGAUGUCAUUUGGUCAAGCUCGAGUCUGGUUCCCUUAUGAGUAUCUUGAAAACAAGACUGCCUAUAACUGUACGACCACCUACCAGCUCCGUGGUUCGCUGGAUGUCGAUCGCUUUACACAGGCACUACAAACAGUAAUCCGACGAAACUCGGCCUUCCGUACCUCUUUCUUUACUGAUCCAACCAUGGGCGAGCCGUACCAAAUGAUGCAUGAAAUGUCCCCAUUUCAGCUACGAAAAGUUGUUCUUGGUCCCUUCGCUGAAUCGUCUACACAAAUAGAGGAAGAGAAACGCCUCGUUGCAGAACAUGUUUACGAUCUUGGACUGGGAGAUACAUUUAUUGCCACCCUUUGCAGUCAUACAGAUGAGCCAAAAAUCCAUACCAUUAUAUUUGGGUAUCACCAUAUCAUCAUGGAUGGUGUCAGUUGGCAAUUAUUUCUACAGGAUCUCGAUCAAUGCUACACCAAUAAUCUACAGAGUCAUCUUCCUCCCGUUGGUCAAUACUUUGACUUUACUGUUCAGCAGCGAGAUGCUGUAGAUAGCCAAAUCAGUAUGAGUCACCGGAGGUUCUGGAAAGAAGAAUUCAUCGAUCCGCCAGAGCCAUUGCCCAUCCUGCCGUUCGCAAAGUCCUUCACGCGAAAAAGUCUCACCCGCUACGAUAACAUCGAAAUAAUGCUGGAUCUCGACAGAGGCCUCGUCUCCAAGAUCAAGAAGUGUAGUGCUGCUGCAAGAGUUACUACAUUCCACUUUUAUUUGUCCGUACUGCAGGUUAUGCUCCAUCGCUUUCUCCAGGUCGAUGAUUUUGUCAUUGGUAUUGUCGAUGCUGGUCGUCAUAACAAAGCCUUCGUUGAUACAAUAGGCUUCCUGAUUGAUCUUCUACCACUAAGAUUCAACCUUGCUAAUAAGGGGACAAGAUUCCCGGAGUUGUUGAAUUCUACUCGCUCUAAGGUUUACUCAGCUAUAGGACAUGCUGGUAUACCUUUCGAUAUCAUCCUUGAAGACAUUAAUCCUCCUUCUUCCUCGGUAUCACCACCAUUGUUUCAAGUGGUGAUGAACUAUCGUAUGGGUGUGUUAGGUCAAAAAACUAUUGGUGACGUUGACCUGGACUGGUCCACAUAUGAGGAUGCCAAGCAUCCCUUUGACUUUAUCUUGACGGUGGAUGAAAACGAUGGAGAAGCUUUUCUUACGCUCUCUUUACAGCAGUACCUAUUCGAUCGUGCCGGUGGUGACUUGUUUCUCUCAACCUAUAUUCACCUCCUUGAAAUUUUUACAGAAGAAUCAUCUCUGAAAAUCCAAGAUGCUCCGCUUUUUAACAAGCACGAUUUGAAAACUGCGAUAUCUCUGGGAAAGGGGCCAAUAGAUGAGAAUAUUCUGGAUGACACUCUGUCAUUACGCGUCGACAACUUCGUGGCUAGCCAGCCCCAUGCUGUCGCAAUCAAGGAUAAUUCAAUUACGAUGACCUAUCGGCAGAUGGCUGACCGAGUGAAUGAGAUCGCCAACGCAAUGCUUUAUGCCGGUGUUUCGACAAGCUCUCAUGUCGCGAUGCUAAUAAACCCAGUGGCAGAUGCUAUCUGCACGAUACUGGCAAUCAUGCGCAUUGGCGCUGUAUAUGUUCCUCUUGAUGUACGCAAUUCCGAAGAGCGACUACUGUCGAUCGUCACGCAAUCCAAGGCCAUGCUUGUUAUCUUCCAUGACAGUACACAAGACCAACUUUCCAAAAUUCAGACUAAUAUGCCAUACGCCAUUAGAAGUGUCAAUAUCUCGAUUAUUGCCAAUGAUUCGAGGCCUGUUCCCAAUCGAUCCGCGGCGGACAGCCCAGCAUUCGUAAUGUUCACAAGUGGGUCUACUGGUAAGCCAAAAGGAGUGAUGUUAAAACAUUCAAACUUCCUCACUCAUGUUCUUGCUGCCUCCAAAGAAAUGGAUUUACGCACUGGGAGAGAAGUAGUCUUGCAGCAAAGCGCUUUUGGAUAUGACGCCUCGCUGGCACAGAUCUUUUAUGCCCUGGCAAACGGCGGUUCAUUGGUGAUGACAAGCAAUCGCGGCGACAUGGAAGAUAUAGCAACCCUCAUGCGGAAAGAAAACGUUACAUUCAUGCUUGCCUCACCUUCAGAAUAUUUGAUACUGUACCAAUAUGGUAGAGAGUUUCUAAAAGGCUGCACCAGCUGGCGCAUUGCCAUGUGUGGUGGCGAGGCCUUUUCAAGCAAUCUCAAACAAUUGUUCCACGACCUGGACAUUCCAAACCUGAAAGUGUGGAAUGCAUAUGGUCCUAGUGAAAUUUCCGUCGCCUCUUCUUUCUACAGUGUCCCCUACGACGCGAUUGCUUUGCAGGACACAACUAAAGUCCCCAUCGGGCGGGCCAUCACCAACUAUGCUGUAUACAUUUUAGAUCCAGAGUCGGCCCAACCACUGCCUGUGGGCUGGGUGGGAGAGAUCUGCAUUGGUGGACCGGCGGUCAGUGCCGGAUAUCUUUACAACGAGCAGAUGACGAUGGACAGAUUCAUACCAGACACGAUAUCUUCCACAUCUGCCAGUGGUUGGAGAUCCCUUUACCGCACAGGCGACCAAGGACGUAUGCUUUCGGAUGGCUCAAUUGCUUAUCUUGGUCGAAUCGCGGGUGACUCUCAAAUCAAACUGAGGGGCAUCCGUAUCGAACUGGAUGAAAUUUCGAUCUCCAUUCUUCAGACCUCUGCCGGAGUGGUCUCCAACGCCGCUGUUUGUACCUGGGGCGAGGGACAAGAGCAAUUCCUUAUUGCGUUUAUUGUGUUUUCUGUUGACCAGGUUCCUGAAAAUGCAGAUGAAUAUUUGCACGGGUUGAUCUCGUCUUUGCCUUUACCAUCAUAUAUGCGCCCCGCAAUGGCAGUUCCGAUAGAUAAACUUCCCAUGAAUGCUAGUGGGAAGUUAGAUCGACGAGCGCUUCGAGAUCUGUCUCUUCCCGAGAUCGCGGAACAACGAGAUGACGACUCGUUGACAGAUACAGAAGUCAAACUGAAGCAGAUCUGGACAGAUGUCUUGGCUAACUCCAAAGUUAAACUGCAGAUUCGGAAACAGUCGGACUUCUUCUCAGUUGGAGGUAACUCACUCUUACUACUGAAGAUGCAACGGGAGAUCAAGCACGUUUUAGAUAGAGAAAUUCCGCUAUCAGAGCUGUUCCGAAAUAGCGACCUACAGACUUUGGCUCGUCGUCUGGACAACGAUAUUGGAGACCUUGUGACACACUCACACAUUGACUGGAAUGCUGAAGUUUCGCUCCCUUCAGAUUUGCACAAACCUGAUUCCAAACCUGCAACUUAUCCUAUGGAAAUUGUUCUCACGGGAUCUACAGGUUUCCUGGGAAGAUGGAUUCUUAAGCAACUUUCGGCACAUCCAGAGGUCGCUCAAAUUCACUGCAUUGCCGUGCGCCCGAAGGAACCUGGUAUUAUACGUAAUAAUGAGAUGUGGACGUCAGAAAAGGUUACAACUUACACCGGCGAUCUAUCUCUACCUAAUUUAGGUCUUUCAGAAGAAGAUCAAGAGAGAGUUUUUGUCAAUGCUGGCGCCAUCAUUCAUUGCGGCGCGGAUGUUUCGUUUAUGCAAACAUAUACAUCACUGCGCAAGCCCAAUGUCCAAUCAACAAAGGAGCUUGUUAAAAUGGCUUCAGCUCGCCGAUCUGUUCCAUUUCAUUAUGUGUCGACUGCAGGCGUCGUUCACCUAAGCGGCGAGGAUAGUUACGGGGAGAUAUCUGUGGCGGCUCACCGUCCUCCAACAGAUGGCUCCGACGGAUACGUUGCAUCCAAAUGGGCCAGCGAGGUGUUUUUGGAACGCUGCAAUCGCGAAACCGGAAUCCCGGUGUCGAUCCAUCGUCCUUCCAGCAUUAUUGGACCCGAUGCACCGAGCAUGGACAUCAUGAACAACAUUCUGCGCUUCUCGCGGCUCAUGAAGGUGAUACCUCGUGUCACUGGCUGGGUAGGAUCCAUGGACCUUGUCGACGUAAAGUCUGUCGCAAAAAACAUCAUCAACACAGUAAUAGAUAUGCACAAUCGUUCUCAAAACACGGGUUCUUUCUCCACAGUGCAAUACUAUCACGAGUCCGGUCAAACUGUCGUCCCCGUCGAGUCCGUGAAAGAAUAUCUCGAGAAGGAAGAAGGAGUUCCCUUUCAAACACAAAAUUUGGAUCAGUGGAUAGAAAGCGCGAGAAAACAUGGAAUCGACGAGCUUGUUGCGGAAUUUUUGAUCACAAUGCAUACGUCUGGACAGGGACCUUCAAUGCCCUUGUUGAUCACUUCUAGGAAAUACGACACCUCCUUACGGUCAUAG